AUGCCCACCUCCUUCGACAUCCGGUCGCCGCGCACCGUGACCUGCGCCCUGGCCUCCCUCCUCUUCCUGGCGGCGCUGUGGACGGCCGUGGGCGGCGUGACACGCCUGAACAGGGACUGCACAGGCGGGGGCGAUCCGGUCGAGGCCAAGUGCCGGGCCCUGUUCCGACCCGUCUGGUGGGCGAUCAUAUUCGAGGCCGCGGUUUACACCUUCCUGCUGGUGGCAUGGCUCCUAGGGGUGGCCGGGAAACUCAAUGUCGCCCUGGUGGCGUUCCUGGUCCUGGCUGCGGUGAAGACGGAAGCCCAGUCUGAAGUGAUGCUGAAAAACAGGGAUGAUGACGGGGUUCUGGGCGACCUCCAGAAGAUCCGGGGACUGACGGGCCCCCCCGUGGACCUGGAGCACGCGGACGCCCAGACGGCCGCGGCGGGGUUCGUGCUGCUGACGGCGUGCAACUUCGUCCUGUGCCUGGUCCUGGGAUCGUCGUCGCUCAGCCACAGGGACAUCGCCCUGAAUUUGCCCACGGUGGGGAAGGCGGUCGCAGUGGAUAGUGGCCACGCGGCGGAGGAGCUCCCGUCUGCACCGGCCCCACAUGGCGCCCCGCGGGGGACGCCAAAUUCUUCGGAGUUGCCCCAAUCCAUGGAUCAGCCGCAAAUGGUGGAGGAGGACGGCGGGACAGACGAUCGAGUGUAG